GAAAAUAAAAUUGAAAACCAAAUUAGAAGCCAGAAUCAAUCUGCUGGGAAAAACCAAGCGGACAAUGGGUGCAUGUAAGGCACUCAUUUCCAAUCUGCAGCUACCUUCAUCACCAUCCGCGCCAAAUUCGCACAAAACCCCGAAAAGCUCAAACACCAACAGGCGCUUAUUCCUUUUAUCUCUUCCUAUAUGUAUUACUUGUACUAGUACUACUCUCGUUCUUCCUAGCAAUCUCUCCAUUGUUCAAUCGAAUUCUUCGUUGGCUCUUGCUGAGAGCUAUGACCCAAUUAGCCAAGCCGAGAAAGACACCAGCUCCGCAGUAUCUCGAAGGAUAUCGGAGGCUAUAGAGUUUUUGGAUAAAGGGAGGGAAUUGCAGGCUCAAGGUGACUUCAACAAAGCUCUUCUCUAUUUCACUCUGGUUGUUGAAAAUUACAAAGACUUCGCGUUCUCAGAAUAUGCAAGAGUGGGGAGAGCACUGGCCCUCUAUGAGGUUGGAGACAAAGAAGAAGCUAUUGCUGAAAUGGAGGAUGUUUCAAUAUCUUUGAAGGGAUAUCCAGAAGUACAUGCAGCUCUUGCAGCAGCCUUGUAUGUGGAUAAACAUGCCCCUUUGCUAGCAGAAAAUCAGUUCACAAUUGCAACUCUUCUUGAUCCUCACUAUACAGACCUUUCAUAUGUUAAGGAAACUAAACAUUGGCCUCCAAGUUUGGUCAGUUCCUUGCAACGCUUCAUCACGCUCUCUUAGAAAUCUGAAUUAUAGAUACUAGACCUGAAAGAAUGCAUCACAUGGCCAUCUUGGAAUUUGUUUGAUCACCAAUUGCCGAGAAUAAAGCACAAGGGAGUUCAAGAUUUGUGUGGGAAGCUAUUAUUUGGCUCAUCUGUUCUAGUAUUCAUAUGUUCAACCUUUUACCAUUUUCUUACCCGGAGAGGGAUUUUGGGAUCAAAGUUAUUGUAUUAUAGUAUUGACUGUCUAUAAUCAUAGACCAUACGACUAGUUAGUGAUUUUCUAUAGCAGGUUAGCAUGUAAACAUGAUAUAUUUCAGAACAAAGUAUAAUUCUCUUGUUUGAAGGCUCA